AUGUUCCGUACAGGCCGGAGAUGUGCCCCCCUCAGUUCGCGCAGCAGAAUAUCCACAUACCGAACAUUUACCCGCCGGCGGACAGCUCCCAUAACUAGAGAGGAUAUCUUCAAUCCCGUGAUGGCGCCUGAUCUGAUUAACGAUUUCCGCGUCAACGCACCACCAACGUUCCCGAACAUACGCAUGGACCCGCGCACGGACGCCGUAUUAUUCAACUUCGGUGAGAUAAGGAGUGCUUUGCCUCCGGCACCACACGCUGAAGCGUUCGCGCAACGCACAACGAAUUUUACCCCCUCACAUCCCCGUCGUUCCUCGCCCGUCGAUGGGGCCGGGCCUAGGGCGCAAGAGCUAGAAGCCGGACUGCAAGCCUUAGAAGCGCCGGCAUCGACACCGGAAUUCAAGAACGCCGAACUAACUUUGAUGUCUGCAUGA